CUCUACGAGUGUCGAUUAUGUCCACGAUGAAGGAGACGUCAUCGCAGAAGGCGACAGCAUGUUUGUACAUUGUCGUUGGGCUCCACCUUGUUGCGUUUGUGACGGUAACGAUCCUCCAAGCAGGGAGGAUACAGAAUCUUGAAAAUCAAUUAACAAUUAAGACGGUUGCUGAAGAUGUGUUGCUGGAAGUUCGCGACCCUAGGGCCAGGCGGAGUGGUCAUGGCAGUAACGAUCUCAGGGAAACCCGAGAACCUUCCCAACAGGGGCAACCUGGGGAUCAGAUCUCAACUAAUCUUGUGAAACAGGAAGUGAUUGCUGUUCUGCGAGAUCUCGCGAGAUUGAUGGGAGACCAUGAAACCUCACGACAGACUCGACUGACAGUGGGAUCUGACCUCGGUGACCUUUUCAAAGAUUUGACAGAAGCAGAGUUGCACCAAUUUGAAAAUUACUGCUCAAACAACAGCAAGAUUUGUUUACCAGGUCCCAAGGGGGAUCAAGGCUCCGCCGGGGUGAAAGGAGACGCAGGAGCGAUGGGUGCGAAGGGAGAUGGGGGCGUGAAGGGAGAGCCAGGAAUGCCGUCUCCCCCUGGUCCAAAAGGAGAGCCGGGGUAUACAGGUUCUCCAGGCCCAAAAGGUGAACAAGGCAAUGAUGGCCAGUCCGGACGUAAGGGCGAUAUCGGGAGUAAGGGAAAUAUGGGCCUGACGGGGCUUCCUGGUUUAAAGGGGGAACCCGGGCCCUAUGGGCCAGCAGGCCCCUCGGGUCCUAAAGGCGAAGCUGGAGCUAGAGGGGAUCCUGGUAUUGCUGGUGUGAAGGGAGAUCCUGGUGCCCCUGGGGCUAAAGGCGACACAGGAGACAGAGGGCUCCAGGGAAGCCAGGGACCCAUGAGCCUUCCUUCCCCAUCCUCCACAGCAUGUUGCAUGAAUCUGACCGAGCCUGCAUUCCACGCACCGAGUGGCUCCAUUACGGUCACCGAGGGAUCUCCGGUUGUGCUCGCCUGUGAUCCCAUUGGCUACCCUCCACCCCACGUGACAUGGACGCCUGACGUUUCCACACUUGACUCUUCCCGAUUUUCAUUGAAGGGGUACGAUCUCAGCAUCAGAAAUGUGACAGUGGGCGACCACGGGGCCUACACCUGCACGUCCUCUAACGUGUUUGGGACGGAACAGAAGGUGAUCCUGCUUCAGGUCUUGAGACAUAUAAAAGUGACCAGUGUACAUAUGAACCACACUGUGACCGAAGGUGAACCAGUGAUGCUGGAAUGCAAGUUUGACAGCGAGAAGCCCCUGUCUAUCACCUGGUAUCACGUCAGCGUGGAUGGGUCCAGACAACUGGUCUCUUCCGGUAUCAGCCCCACGACGGGCGGGUCACAGCUGUACCUGCCCAUCUCCCGUUACCAGGACAACGGGCGCUACGUCUGUGAAGCAAACAAUGGUCCCGAGACAGUGGAUGUCAGUACCUACCUCAGUGUUGAAUCUCGGCCCCACAUCACCAGCUUGUCCGGGGACGGGCUUGUCACAGCUACUGCAGGACAGACAAUCCGACUGUGGUGUAACGCCACCAGCUUCCCUCCAGGCACCGUCACGUGGACAAGCACGGCUGCCAACUCCCAUCUGUUCAGCCAUAGUGACGGGUCUCUUUUCGUUGCCAACAUUGAUAAAACGAACGAAGGACGUUACAGAUGCCAAGCCCAGAAUUUACAUGGCUACGAUAUAGCGUAUAUUACCCUGAAGGUACAAGACCCACCAAAAGCCAGCCUUGCACCGAGUGUCACCCCUGCGAAGGGGGUCAUCUUCUUUGACUGUACGGUGACGGGCGACCCACCGCUUCAGGUGACGUGGACAAAGGAUGGCCAGCCCCUUGAUCUCAGCAACAAGGGCAAGUACGUACAGAUCCCCGGGUCAGGGGGCAGCCACAAGCUCCUCAUCAACCAGAUCGCCCCCACCGACUAUGGAAUGUAUUCAUGUUCCGCCACAGACAGUUUGGCAUCGGCAACGAGCAGUGCAUAUGCGUACAAUGACCAGGGACCAGGAACCUGUAACACAACAUUCUCACAGUGCACGUUUGAAUAUUGUGGACUCCACUGCCCCGCCACCUGUCUAGCGGAUCCAACACCGGUGUAUGGAAGCACAACAUAUGCAUCGUCCUCCUCUGUGUGCCGGUCCGCCAUACACGAUGGUCUGCUGUCUGAGCAUGCGCCAGGGACGGUGGUGUGGCAGAAUGUUGGUCAACAGAGCCAGUUCACAGCUUCCACUUCGCACGGGGUGACGUCACUCGCACUAGGGAACCCUGCUUUAGGUGCCAAGCCACUGGUCCUGGACAAGAAGAAUCUGUGAUGUAGCGGACAUGAACCUUUGUCAAAUAAACCAUAACAUCAUGUC